GCAAAAGGAAAAUUGCACAAUCCGUCAAAGCUCCCUAGCGCGCGGAUCUUUCGACGGCUGCACCAAUAAUUUGGACGGUCGGAAAGAAAGCUGAUGUCAGACCUACUUUCCUGUCCCUGCUUUAAAUACUGCAUUCUUCAUGCCAGUUGGCCGAGCCUGCUGACAGUGGAACAUAUUGCCGCCUCAACAGAAAACGACACCCUUCCUGAGCCUUCAUUGGCCGCUUAGCUGGGAAUAUCAACUGUGGGGCUGGUCAGAAAGAACGAGCAUGUUCAGCACACGGGCACUCACGCUCCUGUCCUCUGUGUUUGGGGCUUGCGGCCUGCUCCUGGUGGGCGUGGCUGUGUCCACAGACUAUUGGCUGCUGAUGGAGGAGGGCGUGGUUCUACAGCAGAACCAGAGCAUGGAGGUCAGGAUGGCCCUGCACUCCGGCAUGUGGAGGGUCUGCUUCGUGGCAGGACCUGAAAAGGGGAGAUGUGUAGCAUCGGAAUACUUCACCACUGAAGCUGAGAUAGACAUCGUGACCGAAAACACUGCAAAUAUACUAAAGAUGGUACGGACGGCCACACCGUUCCCCAUGGUUUCGUUGCUUUUCGUCUUCACCGCCUUCGUCAUCAGUAACAUCGGACACAUCCGGCCCCAGCGCACCAUCCUAGCCUUCAUCUCUGGAAUCUUCUUCAUCCUCUCAGGGCUGAGCCUGGUGGUGGGCCUGGUCCUCUACAUCAGCAGCAUCAACGACGAGGUGAUGAACCGGCCACGUGAGCCCGAGCACUUCUUCCACUACCACUACGGCUGGUCCUUCGCCUUCGCUGCCAGCUCCUUCCUCCUCAAAGAGGGGGCUGGGGUGAUGUCAGUGUACCUCUUCAUGAAGCGCUACGCCGAGGAGGAGAUGUACCGGCCCCACCCGUCACUCUACCGCCCCCGCCUGUCCGAGUGCAGCGACUACAGUGGCCAAUACCUUCAUCCCGAGUCGUGGCCUCCUCCAAAGAGGGGCCGCAGCGCGUCUGAAGUCUCCAGCGACAUCUCCAUCCAGCUGAACCAGACGCCCCCGCCGCCCAAGGGCAGCUCCAUGCAGCAGCAGCAGGCCCCAUCCUCUGGCCCCUCCUCGGGCGCCAGCUACCAGCCGUCCUCCUCCUCCUCCUCCUACCCCCACCACUCCAUGUCCUCCCACCCCCUCCACUCCAGCCACCACACCAUGUCCUCCCACCCCAGUGGGCCCCCUCCCCAGUCCAUGCCCAUGGCCAUGCCCCCCUCUGCCCAGCCCCCUCCCCGAUACCACCAACACAUGCACAUGAGUGCCUCGCCGUGCUAGAAGGGGGGAGUGAGGGAUGAGGGAGGGAGGGGAGGGGGGAUAGACAGAGCAGGGGUUGGCUCUGUCGUACGUCGAACACACAGAGACAGAUGCAAACACACACACACACACACAUGCACACAUACGUGCACACACAGAAGUGUGGGAGGAGAGAUGGAAGAGGCGAGGAAGGAAGGAUAUUUAGGAGAUCAAGAGAAAGAAGGGAAUGAACGAAGGAAAGAAAACGAGAUGAGUGGAGGAUGAUUCACAAUUGAUGCUGUGCUUAAAAUGAAGACAGAUAUUUUAAAAGAGGGAGAGAGAGAAGGAGGGAUAUGAUCAUCAUUUACACAAUAAGAAAAAGAGGGAGGAGGGGGGGUUUAAGAAAGGGUGAUGCUGUUUCAGAAGAAAAAGAAUUUCGCAUUUCAAGCACUAACACACACAAGAAUCAAGAACAAAUUGUAUAUGCAUAGAGAUUUAUACUUAAACUGUAUAGACAUUUUUCGUUCUCUAAGUCCUGGAAAAACAAAUGUUGAAAUCUUAACCAUGUUUGUCUUUCAUGAGAUGUGUAUUCCUGUAUGAUUAGUUCUAUCAUUUCAUUCAUCGUUUGUAUUUGAGAGGCAAGAAUUGUGAGUACGAAGACGGAAAUCUGAGACAUCUGAAGAUCAUUCAGGGUUCUGUGACUUAUCUGCACAUACUGUAACAUCUCAGAUUCCCCAAGGGUUCCAAAAUGGUUCUUCGGCUUUCCCCAUAGGACAACCCUUUUGGUUCCAGGUAGAACCCUUUUUGGUUCCAUGUAAAAAUCCUCUGUGAAAAGGGUUCGACAUGGAUUCUAAAAGGGGUCUAGCUGGAACCAAAAGGGUUCUACCUGGAAAGAAAAAGGAUUUUUCUACCAUGAGGACAGCCGAAAAAAACCUUUAGGUUCUAGCUAGCAUCUUUUGUGUGUGUGUGUGUGUGUGUGUGUGUGUGUGUGUGUGUGUGUGUGUGUGUGUGUGUGUGUGUGUGUGUGUGUAUAAAUGUCCAGGUCAUAGGCUUCAGCAUCCAUAAAAAAACACUUGAAUUUUUGUUUCAUGUUUUUGACUAAAAUGUCAUGGUAACAAAGAAAAUCCAUAACUUUCCAUCAUUUAGAAAUAUUUAUUUCUGAGAAUCUAAAAAAGCACCCAUUUUACUACGAAGAAUGAGAGCUUAUUUGCAGAUUCCAUGAGACAUAUGAUCCUCCUUUGAUUGCUAAUUAGCUUGAGUGUUCAUAUUCUGUAGCACAUGUCUGCUUACCAGUAGAGUAUCUUCCUUCUAUUCAUAGUUACCAAAAGAGCUUCCCAUACAGCAAUGGAGUAGAUUGAUGAAGUAAAGACUGUGUUUGUUUUGAAAUGUUUACUUUUCUCCUUCUGACUGUGACUCGGUAUAUAUAAUACAUGCUGCCUAUGUAGCCUACCUAAUGCACAACAUGUUUACAUUCUAUUCUGAUGUUUAUUGGCAUCCUUAUACUGAAUGCAACACCCACGGACACACACACACACACACACACACACACACACACACACACACACACACACACACACACACACACACACACACACACACACACACACACACACACACACACACACACACACACACACACACACAAACCAGCUGCCACAGUCCUGCUAUAACAAUUACUACUAUUUCUACUACUAAUAUCAAAAGAAAGAUUGUGACCAUUAUCAUUAUCUAUGUUUAUAAACAUCUGUAUUAUAAUAAUGUAAGUAAAUGCAACUAUAUAUGAAUAUAUAAUAAAACCAUAGAGGAUGUGUGAGAAAGAAAGUGAGAGGUUGAUAAGAGUUUAACAAUGUCUAAUAUAAAGCACAGAAAUCAACAUUGAGUGUACCAAACAUUAGAAACCCCUCCUCCCUCAUCAAUUUGUCGGGGCAUGGACUCUACAAGGUGUCGAAAGCGUUCCACAGGGAUGCUGAACCAUGUUGACUCCAACGUUUCCCACAGUUGGGUCUAGUUGGCUGGAUGUCCUUUGGGUGGUGGACCAUUCUUGAUACACACAGGAAACUGUCGAGCGUGGGAUAACCCUGCUACCAUACCCCUGUUCAAAGGCACUUACAGUACGUCUUUUGUCUUGCCCAUUCAACCUCUGAUUGGCAGAAAUACACAAUCCGUGUCUCAAUUGUCACAGGGCUUAAAAAUCCUUCUUUAACCUGUCUCCUCCCCUUCAUCUACACUGAUUGAAGUGGAUUUAACAAGUGACAUCAAUAAAGGAUCAUCGUUUUCACCUGGAUUCACCUGGUCAGUCUAUGUCAUGGAAAGAGCAGAUAUUCUUAAUGCUUUGUAUACUCAGUGAAUUUCACAAUAGCGUCUCUUAGUGAAUGAAGGUCUAAACGAGAGCAAAACAUGACCAAUGGGUCUCUGUAGCACCACCUAGUGCUUUGUGAGUCUGAUUGCUCUCCAUCGAGGUUGAACUUUGCCUUUUGUGUUAUGACAUGCUCAUUUUUUCUAGAGAACCGAUAGCAAUUCUGGACUUGGGGAAUAGUAGAACGACUUAUAACAAAGUCUUGCAAUAUCUGCCUACAAAUAGUGAACUAAUUCCCGAUCAAUGUACAUUCAUUUCAAUUUCAGACAUUGAAUUGCAUUCCAAUUGUUUUCCUAGUAUGAUGUGGUUGUUUUUCCGAAUUCCAGAUCUUUUCAUGCGACCAGAGAACUUGAUAAAUGUUUUUUUAAUAUCUAUAUUGUUUUUUUUUAUGUAGCAGAUGCACAUACACAUGUUAUGAGUGGUAGCAUUCGUUUGUUUGGGACCCAGGACAGCGAUGUACAGCCUAUAAUAUAGUAUAGAGUCAAAUAUAUGAACGCAUUAGCAAACAGGACUGGCUCCUGCUGGAGGGAAAACUAUAACAAAAGAAUAUUUGUAGCUUGUUCUGUAAUAAUAAUAGGUAGAAUAGUGUAGUGGUGUAGUUUUAUUAACUCUAUAGUGUAAAAUAUAGUAGGCCUAUUCUGAUUUGGUGUGAGAGGUUGAUUAAGAGAGAGAGGGAGAGAGGGAGAGAGUGAGAGAGAGAGAGAGAGAGAGGUGAAAGGGGUAGCUAUAAGAAUUGUAGUCACAUAUUAUGUUGUCAUUGAAAUAUUAUCAGCUGUUGUUUUUCCUCAUUAUACUGCUCUGCUAAAUUGAGGUUUCCUUUCGGAGAGCCAUGUCUUGACUAGACUGUGAAUGUUAUUGGAGUUGAGGACGAUUGUGGUUUUUCCGUAGCUCAAGUGAGAUUCAUUGAUUUCCUCAAGCUCCUUUUAUUGCCUUCACUUGUUUCUCCUCUUGCUUCCCACCCCCGGUAAAUCCUACCUUUUGAACUUUAUUGAUCAUUUGUCUUGGUUUGUCUCUCAAAUCCCCGUUAAUGUAAUGUGGGGCAGACUUGUUCCACCUGUCUCUUCUCUUUGCAGGCCUCGUUUUUCACUCUUUCUCCAUUUCUUUCUUCUGUUAAGGCGCUCUCUUAGAACCUGUCUUUGAGCUUAUUAAAAUGAACUGUGCCUAACAACAGUAGCGGAGAUCAAAGCUAUUAAUUAUUAUCAAGAUCAUUAUAUAAGUCUUAUUGUUGUUACUAUUAUUAUUAGUGUAAAUAUGUUACCCAUAUUUACCACAAAAUCAACGAUUUAAUGGUAAUAAUGACAAUAAUGACAUUUUCUUUUUGCUAAGCAAUGCACUAAUGAAUCUGAAGUGAUUGUUCAUACCUGAGAUACCAUUUGUUAUUGGAUCGAUGCCUGGGGGUUGCUGACUAACGUCAUUGUUCCACAACUAAUUAAUAAAUCCUAGAGGUAAA